AUGGUAGCUACCUACGACCUUAGGGCAAGGAAGUUUCAGGAUGGGUUGCAUCUUGAUAUUAGGCCACAAAUUUCAGUGUUGGAUUUGAGGACCUACGGGGAGGUAGUGCAGAAAAAUAUGUUGGUUGAGGUAGAGGAACGAGAUCAGCAUAGGAUCAAGGAUUCAUAUAAGCAGUCUCGUGAAGAGGCUUCAUCAGUAUCUGUUGGGGGUCAGUGGAAAAAGGCUAAGGCCGGGGACAGUUCAUGUACUCAGGGACAGUCACAGCAUGCUCGGUCUGCACCUAUAGUUCCUUUGCAGCCUCAGGGCAGUCAUUCCCAGACAGCUAAGUCUUCAGCUUUGACGCAGGGGCUCCAAGGAGCUUGUCAUUACUGCAAGCAGCCCGAACAUUUCAAGAGGGAAUGUCUACGCCUACAGAAUAGAGCACAGAGUGGCACUGGUUCACAGGCCACACUAGCACAGUCUGCAAAUGUUCAGUUGGGCUUUAGGGUGCCUCAAGCACCACAGCCAGUGACAUCAGUUGGGCUACUAGGGCAGUUCUUAGCAGUCAAGGGCUCAGGGAAGAGUCUACGCAUUGCCACUGGUCGAUUCCUCUGCUGGGACUUCUACAGUUCGAGUUGGGGUCCAGUGUUUUUGGAUUGUGUUUGUCGAGGUUGUGCUAUCAAGAUAGCUGGGCGGACUUUAGAGUUCGAUUUCGCCAUUUUUUACAUGACUGGCUUUGACGUCAUUCUUGGGAUGGAUUGGUUGACCUUCUUUCGUGCCACGAUCGAUUACUUCCUCGAGCGAGUGUCUGUUUGCACUCCCACGGGAGAUUAUUUUCACUUCGUGGGAGAUCGAAGCGAUUCCCACUCAAUGAUGAUUUUCAGUGUUGGUGAUUGGAGUUGCCAUAGGUCCUACUUGGCUAGCCUGUUAGCUGACGAGGAUAGCAGUUCGGGCUAUGUUUAUCUAGCAGUUGUUGUGGAGUUUCUGGAUGUUUUUCCAAGGGAGUUGACAGAGCUUCCUUUUCUUAAAGAAGUUGUAUUUGCCAUUGACGUCGUUUCUGGUACUACGCCGACCUCUAUGGCACUAUACCGUAUGGCACCGAUAGAGUUGCAUGAGCUAAAAGCUCAAUUGGAUGACUUAAAAGCUAAGGGCUUUAUUCGCCCAAGUGCUUCACCCUAG